CAUGCUUGAAACUACGUGUCGACAUCCUGUUGAGUUUCAUGUGGUUUCUUCUAAGUUCCAUACGGUUUGUUUACAUAAUUACAUGAUAAUAGACAGUCUCUAGUAAUCUAACGAUAUCCGUUCACUACCUGUAGACUUUGAAGUACGGAAUCAAUCAAAAAUCAUCAAAUAUAUUCGGGAAUAGUGUUCACCUAAACUGUCAAUAUGGUUUUAGCAGAUUUGGGUAGAAAGAUUACAUCAGCCUUGAAAUCAUUAAGCAAUGCCACAAUCAUUAAUGAAGAAGUUCUCAAUGGAAUGCUUAAAGAGAUAUGUGCAGCCUUACUUGAGGCUGAUGUUAAUAUCAGACUGGUUAAAGGAUUGAGAGAAAAUGUGCGAUCGGUAAUUGAUUUUGAUGAGAUGGCCGGUGGACUUAACAAGCGGCGUAUGAUCCAGUCUGCUGUUUUCAAGGAGCUGGUCAAGCUCAUUGACCCCGGUGUGAAAGCCUGGCAGCCAACCAAAGCGAAAAACAAUGUAAUCAUGUUUGUCGGACUUCAGGGUAGUGGAAAAACCACCACAUGCACAAAACUUGCAUACCACUACCAGAAAAAAGGCUGGAAGACCUGUCUCAUAUGUGCCGACACUUUCCGAGCUGGAGCCUUUGAUCAGCUGAAGCAGAAUGCCACCAAAGCUAGGAUUCCAUUCUAUGGCAGCUAUACUGAGAUUGAUCCUGUUGUUAUUGCCCAAGAAGGUGUGGAUAAGUUCAAGAACGAGAACUUUGAAAUCAUCAUUGUCGAUACCAGUGGUCGCCACAAACAGGAAGAUUCCUUGUUUGAAGAGAUGUUGCAAGUCAACCAGGCUAUAGAACCUGACAAUGUCAUCUUCGUAAUGGAUGCCAGUAUUGGACAAGCUUGUGAAGCACAGGCAAAAGCUUUCAAAGAAAAAGUAGAUGUUGCGUCUGUCAUCAUCACCAAGCUGGAUGGCCAUGCAAAGGGUGGAGGAGCUUUGAGUGCCGUAGCGGCUACCAAGAGUCCUGUGAUUUUCAUCGGUACUGGUGAACAUAUUGAUGACUUUGAGCCAUUCAAAGUGCAGCCAUUUGUGAGCAAACUUUUGGGUAUGGGAGAUAUAGAAGGUUUGAUUGACAAGGUUAAUGAACUGAAGCUUGAUGAUAAUGAAGAACUGAUGAAAAAGCUUCGCCAUGGUCAGUUCACACUGAGGGACAUGUACGAACAGUUCCAGAACAUCAUGAAAAUGGGUCCAUUCAGUCAGCUGAUGGGCAUGAUCCCAGGGUUCAGCGCCGACUUCAUGACAAAAGGUAGCGAACAAGAGUCAAUGGCCCGUCUCAAGAAGCUCAUGACGAUCAUGGACAGCAUGAACGACAGUGAACUGGACAGUUUGGAAGGAGAGAAACUAUUCUCUCGCCAACCCUCUCGAGCUCAGCGCGUUGCUCGAGGUGCUGGGGUGUCUGUGAGGGAAGUUAAUGAGCUGCUAACCCAAUACAAGAAGUUCGCUCAGAUGGUGAAGAAGAUGGGCGGUAUCAAGGGACUGUUCAAGGGGAAGGGUGGAGACAUUGGGAAGAACGUCAACCCAGCUCAGAUGGCUAAGUUGAACCAGCAGAUGGCGAAGAUGAUGGAUCCGAGGGUUCUGCAACAGAUGGGCGGCAUGCAGGGUUUACAGAGCAUGAUGCGGCAGUUCCAGCAGGGUGCAGCAGGCAAGAUGGGCAACAUGUUCAACAUGGAUAGAUAAGAUACUGGACUUAUGUGCUCCGAUGAUGUGUAGAUACCGAGCAGUGUGCUCCGAUGAUGUGUAGAUACCGAGCAGUGUGCUCUGAUGAUGUGUGAAUGCUGAUGAUGUGAGGAAGCUGAACAAUGUGUGGUGAUGUGAGGAAGUUGUGUUCUCUGAUGAUGUGAGGAAGCCAUGUGCUCUGAUGAUGUUUGGAAGCCGUGUGCUCUAUUGAUGUGUGGAAAUCAAGCGGUGUGCUCUGAUAAAUGUCUGGAUGCCAGUGUUGUAACAUAUAAGGACUGGAAUCGUGAUGAAUGAGUCAAGUCCACAUCUUGAUGCUAUCUGAUGGUGAUGAGAGUGAUAGCCUUGGCAAUGAUAUCAACAUUUAUCAUGUCAAUGAUAUUUACUGAUAUUAAGUGUUAUGAUCUGUGGAAGUUUGUUUGUCUUGUAGGUUACAGUACUACACAAAGUUGAUUUUGAUGAAGUCAAAUACAGCAAAAAAAUCAGAUGUAAGAAUUGUAAGUCCUGUCUGAACAAUUACAAUUCUAUUCAUGUGAAUAGCCAAAUCUGGUUAAAAUGAAGUGAUUUGAAGGUCAUUGCGAUUUGUUAAUUCAAUAUUUAUCAUGUUGAUUGACUGUAAUUGAUUUUGUGAAUAAUCAGAAUUUGUUGAUUAGUUGUUCUGUUCCAAGUUUGGUUUUGGUAUUUCAUAUUUCUGUUUUACUCUCAAUAUUUAAAGCCCGUUUUGGUGGUCCAUUGGCAUGAUUGAGUAACAUAAUGUCAUACAAGUCUGGGUUCAGGCCCAUUCUUGUCCCUCUUUGGUCUAGUGGAUUGAGCAUCUGCCGGAGAGCGGAAGGUUGGUGGUUCAGUACUCUGGCCACAUCAUACCAAAAGACUGUUAAUAAUGGUACUUGUUGUUACCCUGCCUGGGAAUAAAACAAGGACUAGUUCACUCUGAGUCAGUAUAGUGUGUCUGAGUAUGGUGUGCAUAUUAUACUGUGGCAUGGUAUAUAUGUGGUUAACCACUAUAAGACCAGCAUUAGUCCGGACUAGUUCAAGCAGCCACACACACACUCAUAAACGUUGAUAUAUAAGUGCCAUAACCUUGAACACGAUGUUAAACCGAAUCUCACCUCCUCCUCUAUGUCAUUGUGGCUGAAACAUAGCUGUAAGAGCCGAGCAGGUGUACGGUAUUCGCUCGCUGAUUCUUCAAACUUCAGUACCAUUUUGAAAUAGUGAUCCAGAAACGUUUGUUACACCUCAUUAUUUCAAUCACUGGAUUAUCUGGUCCAGACUCAACUAUUUCCAGUGUUCACAGGUCACUGUGAUAUAGCUGGAACAUGCAGAGUGUGGCAAUAAACAAUACCCAAAAGCAAACAGAACAUGAGUUUUUAUUAUAGAUUUUAUUUGUAUUUAUUUAUGCAAUGUAUAGUGGUAAGAUUGUAGUUAUGUUUGUCAACAUAUUUAAGAACAGGACUGUAACCAUGGUAACUAUGGAAGUGACGAGCAAGUGUAUUCAAUGAAUAAGUCAUGGCAUAUGUAUUGCUGUAUACAAUUUGUAAAAGCAUUGUAUUUUAUUUUUUGUACGUUGUAAUAUUACAUGAAAUAUCAGAGCAUCUUUGCAUAUAGGAUUCGGUUAAUUUGGCAUGAUGGUUAACAUAAACUACUCAAAAAAAGUUAAGGACCACCCGAUUCAGUGAGUCAAUAAACAUGUUAACAACUCCUAAAGGUUAAGUGAUGAAUAUAUUAUAGAGGCAACAUUUACCCUGUAGCUUCUCAAAUCUUGAUAAAAUUGCGGAGUCUCUCAAAUGCUGGAUUCUGGUUAUUCUGAGGUAUGGAUGACUUAAAAUAGGUUGACUGGUGGUUGACAGGUAACACUUGCUGUUUGUAAAACCCCUGCCACCAGCAAACCCCCCCCCCCCCCCCCCCCCCCCACUAAUAGAAGAAGAAUAACUUUGAUCUUUCAUGCUUAUUGGUAAUGUUUAAGGUGACACCAGUACAUAGGACAUGUAGGGUCCUUAGAACCACGAUAUUUUUGUUUACAUUUGUCUGUACAUAUGCUUGUAAAUAGCUGUUGUGCGUUUGCUUGUAAAAGAUGGGUAUGGUACAGGUAUUAUGAACGACAAAGAUCAGUUUGUAAUGUCUUGCAGACCAGACACAGUACAGUGCCCCAUUCUACUUAGUUAGUUUAGUGCUUGGAUUAUUGUAAGUCUUUGUUAGAGUAUGGUAGUUUCAAUCAUCUUAGCGCUGAGAUCGCUUUGUGUAGCAGGGUCCUUGGUCCACUUGCACAAAGCGAUCUUAGCGCUAAGACUAUUGUAAGCCUAUGCUAAAGUAUGGGAGUUACGAUCAUCUUAGCGCUAAGAUCGCUUUGUGUAACAGGGUCCUGGACUAUCGCCAAAUAUACUCACUACCCAAAAAACGCGAAUGCCAUACAUGUUGGUUAAUAUAUACAGAAACACUCAUAUUCAAGAGAUAAUAGAUUGGUUCGAUGCUCAAACAAACAUAUUGGUAUAUUGUGUGAACCGACACUUUUGAACGCAGCACGUGACGUCAUAGAUCUAUGACUCGAGAUGCACAAUUUCUCUCGUGCAGGAUUAGCAUGUAAAGUUUGGAAAGCAUGUGAAGCAUAUCAUGAUAAGAGCAAAGACACUCUGUGGUGACACUUGACUGAUUGUUACUUUUGUCAUUAAGUGGUACACGUUGGAAACAUCUAUUCUUAACUUACAUAAUUCUCCAUGUUUCUAUGGUUUGCGUUUCUUUUGGCAGUGAGUAUAUGUUUCUCACCAGCACUGGAAAGACUCAGUGGUUGACAUUGACAACCACUAGUUUAUGUGAAGAUGAAUUCCUUGCCUCAUCUCCAUCAAUACUGAGUGUUAAGAUGCAGUGAACUGUAGUGUAAUUCCCAUGUUGAUGAUGUGGACAAAAUGGCAUGUGUGCAUAUUAAUGACAUUAAAAGUAAAUCGUUGUUUAAUUUCAAA